AUGGAGGCGGACGAAUCGGUGAUUUUCUGGCUGGGGAUGGUGCACCCGAUACAUGCGAAAACAGUCGAGGGAGCCAUCAUUGACAAUCAUUUGGCAGUUACGAGAGGCACUUUGCUGAAACUUCCCUUUACAACAAUUUUUGAGUAUCUUCAGAUUUUGCAGUUGAUUGCGCUGUCAAUGAGGAGCCUCGGACCAAGUGCUUUAUUCUAUCUUGCUGCUGCCGUUUCUGAUUUUUAUGUUCCUUGGGAGAGUAUGACGGUGCAUAAAAUACAAUCGAGCUCUGGACCUUUGGACAUGCGACUUGCUCAGGUCCCGAAGAUGCUUUCAGUACUCCGGAAAGAUUGGGCUCCUCUCGCCUUUUGCAUUUCCUUUAAGUUAGAGACGGAUAUGAAGAUUCUUGUGGACAAGGCCAAUAUGGCCCUUAAGAAAUACAAUAUGGAUAUGGUUGUAGCCAACGAGCUUUUGACACGCAAAGAGGAAGUUAUUGUCGUCACAACAGGCGGAAACGUAAUUGUUCAAAGGGACAAGACUGAGUCCGGUGCUGACGUGGAAGACCCGCUUAUCAAACUCAUCGUGGACACUCAUUCUUCUUACAUUACUUCGAAACAAAUCGUUUGAUGUCCACGAAAUGGAAAUUAAAUUGUAAGUUUUGUUUUUAUUUCCUUUUUUAGCAUUCGCAAAAGUAAUAACUAGUUCGUGUAUUAGAACUUGGCCUACCUUUUACUAUAGAACUAUACGAAUAAAAGCUUUUAUUGUCAUUUUCGUCUUCUGUUUAAGUAAUUUUCUCUUCUUUAA